AAUAAAACUUCAAAGCGAAACACUGAAAGAUCGACCAUUUAGCGUCUGGCUUUGCCCUGCCGUCCGAAUCCCCACGCCCCCACCAUUUUUUUUAAUGAUCUCCCCCUCCUCUUGAGUCAUUACUUAAUUCUUGAAACUGGGUGUCUCCUUCUUGUCGACUCUCUCUCUCUCUCUCUCUCUCUGCCCGCCUCGCUCUCGCGCACUCUGUUCCAACUGUCUCUUUCCGUCUGGCCAUCAUCAGCACGUAAAAGGACGAGGGAGGCUCGGCGAAUCAAGAAUCGCUCCGACCCAAUUGGCCCUUCUGAACCCGAUUGGCCUUUUCGGGCGUGGGUUGUGGUGGGUGACAGUCAGGAGUGAUGAAGAGGUACAGGAAUGGCGAGAUUUGGGACUUUGAGCAUGAAAUGCCGGUCAUGGGUAACGAGGUGAUUCUUGGGUUGGACGGUGGGACGACGUCGACGGUGUGCAUAUGCAUGCCUCUGCUUCCGGUUUCCGACCCUCUCCCCGACCCCCUGCCUGUUCUGGCCAAAGCCGUCGCCGGUUGCUCCAAUCACAACAGUGUUGGCGAAGCUGCUGCAAGGGAGACGCUGGAGCAAGUUAUGGCAGAUGCUCUUGCUAAAUCUGGUUCUAACCGGUCAGCUGUCCGGGCUGUUUGUCUAGCCGUGUCUGGUGUUAACCAUCCAACUGAUCAGCAGAGAAUAGUAAAGUGGCUCAGGGAAAUAUUCCCGAGCUAUGUUAGGCUCUAUGUUCAAAAUGAUGCCGUUGCAGCUCUGGCGAGUGGAACCCUGGGAAAACUUCAUGGAUGUGUUUUAAUUGCCGGUACUGGCACCAUCGCUUAUGGAUUUACAGAAGAUGGAAGAGAAGCUCGGGCUGCUGGUGCAGGGCCCAUCUUAGGCGACUGGGGAAGUGGUUAUGGAAUAGCUGCACAGGCAUUAACGGCAGUAAUUAGGGCACAUGAUGGUCGUGGGCCAGAAACAAAUCUGACUUCCAGCAUAUUAGAAAAGCUUGGCCUUUCUUCAGCAGAUGAAUUAAUUGGGUGGACCUACGCAGAUCCAUCUUGGGCUCGCAUUGCAGCACUUGUCCCAGUCGUGGUGUCUUGUGCAGAGGCAGGGGAUGAAGUUGCUAACAAGAUCUUGUUUGAAUCUGUCCAAGAGUUGGCUUUAAGUGUUAAAGCUGUUGUUGAAAGACUUCAUCUGUGUGGUGAAGAUGGAAAAGAUUCUUUCCCCCUUGUCAUGGUGGGUGGUGUUCUUGAAGCGAAGAAGAGAUGGGAUAUUGGCAACGAAGUCAUAAACUGCAUCUCCAAGGAGUAUCCUGGGGCAGUUCCUAUCAGGCCAAAGGUGGAGCCUGCGGUUGGGGCAGCAUUGCUGGCUCGGAAUUGUUACAUGAAAGAAUUCUGCAAGGAGCUAUAGGAGUCCAAUUCUUGAAGUUUCGCUAGAGUCGACCCAAUUGUACAGUAGGAAAACAAUGACGUUUGCUAGCGUUGGCAAAA